UGCCGCCUUGUCGCCUUGAUCAUGGCCUGCCUCCGCGCCGUGGCCGUGCUGGGCCUGCUGGCGGUGCUCGGCGGCGCGCUGGCGAUCUCCAAAGCCGCCAGGAAAUACUCUACGGAUGUUAACUUCGUGCUGUACCUACCCAAGGGCGGCAACGUGACGGUGAAGGAGCAGGACGCCGCGUCCCUCGUGUCCAACCCGGGCUUCGACAAGAACCUGGUCACCGUCUUCUACAUGCAUGGCUACACAGAGACCCCGAGCAGCGAGAGCAUUGCUGUCGUCUCUGACGCCUUCUUGAAGCGCGGCGGGUACAACUUCAUCCUCGUGGACUGGAGCUCCUUCAACACGUUCCCCUACAUCAGGGCCAUCUACAACUUGUACCAGCUGCCUAAGCCCGUGGCGAACACCAUCGAGGCCAUGGUGAAGGCCGGCCUGUCGGAGAAGAUGGUGUGGUUCGUGACGCACUCCAUGGGGUCGCAGCUCGGCGGUGCCGUGGCCAGGGAGCUGGACUUCGCCGUGCCGCGCAUCACCGCCUUGGACCCCGCCUGGCCCGGCUUCAACUUCCCGGACAUCCCCAGCCUCAACAGCGGGGACGCUGAGUUCGUGGACGUGAUCCACACGGACGCGGGCUUCUACGGCUUCGCCACCAGCGUCGGCCACAUCGACUUCUGGCCCAACCGCGGCAAGCGCGUGCAGCCCAGCUGCCCGUCCAUCCUCAAGGAGUUCGACAAAAGGUACUGCAGCCACCACAUGUCCUGGCGCUUCUUCGCCGAGUCGCUGCUCAGCGAGGAGGCCUUCCCCGCCAAGGCAUGCGGCUCGUGGAAGGACUUCGCCCAGGACGCCUGCAGCAAGGACGCCGCCGUCGCCUACAUGGGGCUGCUCGCCGACAAGAACAAGAGCCUCUCCGGGAACUUCUACUUGACCACCAACUCCAAGCAGCCGUACGGCAAGCAGAUGACCGGGCUCCACGCCACCGGCGAGAAACUGCAGGACGUCGUCCCCGAGGUCCUGAUGGUCACCGACUGGGAUAUGGUGGACAUGAAGCACGCACAAUAA